ACUCGACCAUAUCGACCAAGAUGUUGACCGAUUCGAUAACAACAACACCCUCAUUCUCAUUCGACCCAACAGUAGAUGACUUUUUCAACCUCGACAUACUGAACUCAGCUCCCUCAGCUUUCACAACAGCUUCAUCUUCAUCUUCGUCCCCACGAAGCCCCUUCACUUUCUCAUCUCCAAAUGGCGCAGACGACGACUUCUUCGCCCAAUUCUUAGACACUGAUGAGUUAACAAAGGGUCCAUCCCUAUCAUCACUCUCAGUCCCUUCAUAUGACUUUUUUGGCGCAACUCAAGGUAGCGCCAGUGCAAGUGGCUCAAGUCCUGAGAGUAUCGAUGCAAGCACUCCCAUGUUCGCAAUAGAUCCACAACUAGUCGGAACUCCUGCUACUUCAAAUGACCACUCAGACCAAGAUUCUAACUCUGACGAAGAGCUAGAGCCAGAACCAGAGCUCGCACCACCUAAACGUUCUCGUCGUGGUGCUGUCGCUUCUGGUGGCAUUAAGAAGUCAUACUCUCCUUCUGAGAAGGACUUGAAUUCAGGCGCGGGAAAAUCAAAGCCCUCAAAGGACCCUGCCCCGCUCAGGAUCCUCGAACCCGAGGACUGGCGCCCAAGUCCCGAAGAAUACAAGAAGAUGAGUAGCAGGGAGAAACGCCAGCUCAGAAACAAGAUCAGCGCACGAAACUUUAGAGUGAGGCGAAAAGAAUAUAUCACAACCCUCGAAGGCGACAUUGCAGAACGUGACCGCCUAAUCGACGCAAUCCGCUCAGAACUCGGCAGUUCCCGCUCAGAAAACACUGCCCUCCGUCAGGAAAUUUCAGCCCUCAAGCGUUGCCUCCUCGAUUCUCGCAAUCCCCCCGACCUCCCACCCCCAGCAGAACUCCAAACAGGCGCGCCCCUCUCUCCACCUGGUUCACCCACACCUACGCCCGUAUCCGUCCCAUCAACAACCCCACUCAUCACCCCAAACACCCAAAAAGACCUCCCUACAUCUCCACGUCUGGGCGCACGCCCAUUUUGGGGUGGAUUCGGCGGUAUGGGCGUUACACCUGUACAUACGACGCUCAUCCCACCCGUCGGCGUCAAAGGCGUUCUCCAAGAGAACAUCAACCCUGCCUUACACUGCCCAGGCUCAAUCGUCGAGAAGACGAACAGCCAACUCAACGGCCUCGGUAUAGGCACGGGGCUGGGAAUGGGCAUAGGCGCAUUCGAUGCCUUUGCGGAUACAAAUCCAUUCACGCUCAAGACCCUCGAUGCGUAUCGGAUGCAAUUGUGGGGUAAGAUGGCUGCGCAGCAUGCUCAUGCAAACCCCCAUGGGAUGGGGUAUACACCGCAUGGAUUGGCCUCAGGCCUCAAACCUGCGUAUUUCGCAUCACCGCCUUCUUCGAAAUCGCAAGGACUCGGUGGGAAGAACGCGUAUCCUUCGCCUCCUUCAUCCCCUGGGUUCAAACCAGCACCGGUACCUACGAGGGAACAGGCUGCGUUUGCUGCUAUUGCGUCGCAGACGUUGCUCGGCAAGCUUGGGAGCGCGUUUUGGGAGGCGUUUUCUGGGUCUGGGCCUGGUGCAGGUUCUGGUGUAGGUGGAAGUGGAAGUGUGAUGAGAAAGGAUUGGGACGCAGAAAAAGUGCGCAAGGUCCUCGAAGGCCGGGCAGUCGUCCGAGUCGUUGAUCUCGAUGAGCCCGUGCUCAGCAAACCAUCUCCCUCUUCCUUGAUGCCAAGUGGGAGUGGGUCAGCGACAGGACCGAGUACAUGUUCGUACAAGGCGAAUGUGUGCGAUAUUUUGGAGGAGAGUAUGAGAAGCUUGACGAUCUCGAAGAAGUAG